AAUUUAUGUAUACAGACUUAGAACACAUGCCCUAAUUGGCAGGUUGUUUUGAACAAUAGCAGGCCGUUUGGUUGGAUAUGCCCACAUGAACAUUUACGUAUGAUCACCCUGCUAACUUACUUCGCGGUAUAGUGCGUAGCACCCAUGUAUUCCACACUUCAAUUGUAAUAUCAGUCAGAGGUGCACUUAUCACAGUUGAAACCUUCAACAGUCCCUCCAGGGAAAUCAUAUUGCUAUAAAGUACAGUAAAGUAAAGGUCAUUCAUUCUUUCAUUCAUUCAUUCAUUCUUUUAUUAAUCCUGUAGAUCAUGAUACAAUGAUAUAGGACAAGUCUUUCAGCUAAUAUACAUUGUUAAAUUACAGCAAUCUUAAUACUAAAAAAUUAUAUAAGAUAUACAACAUUUUAUACAUGAUAUACUAUAUACUUCUGCUUACAUCAGUAGCCAAUAUUCAAGAAUUCAUCAUUCAAAUAGUCCUCCGUUGAGUAAUAGCACCUCUGAGAGAAAAGGUUCUUUGUUUUCAUGGCCCCCUUAUUUAUGAAGCGAAAUGCCUGGAAGCUGAGAUGAAGGAUAAGCAAAUAAGAUACUACAUUCAUUAUGCUGGCUGGAACAAAAGCUGGGAUGAAUGGGUACCUGAAAGUCGUGUGUUGAAGUACAAUGAGGCAAAUGUCCAGAAACAGAAGGAACUGCAGAGAGCUCAUAAAGCCAAUCCACAGAAAAACAAGAAAGCAACUAAAACGCGAAAAUCAGAAAGUGGGGGGAAGGACCCUGACAGUCGUGCGUCCACUCCACUGGCAGAUAAGUCAACAGCAGUUAAGAUUAAAGGUCCUGCCUCAACCCCAUCAUCAUCACAAGAUUCCUCAUCAGAUGUUCCUCGUAAGAAACGUGGUCGGCUGGAUCCCACUGUGGAGACUGAGGAGCAGUUUCUGACAAAAGUUGAAGUGAAGGUGAAGAUUCCUGAUGAACUGAAACCGUGGCUUGUUGAUGACUGGGAUCUGAUCUCGAGGCAGAGAAAGCUUGUGAACCUGCCAGCAAAAGUUACUGUAGAACAAAUCCUGGAGAAUUAUAUCAAACACAAGACUUCUAGUAAAAGCAACACUCCAAACAAGGAAAGUGCCCUAAUUGAGGUGACCAAUGGUAUCAAGGAAUACUUCAAUGUCAUGCUGGGCACUCAGCUCCUUUACAAGUUUGAGAGACCACAGUAUGCUGAGAUUCUUCAGACACAUCCUGACAUGUCAAUGAGCAAAAUCUAUGGAGCCAUACAUCUUCUCAGACUGUUUGUGAAACUGGGGAGUAUGUUAGCAUAUACGCCCUUGGAUGAGAAGAGUAUUCAGCUACUUCUGACACACAUACAAGACUUCUUAAGGUACCUGCAUAAGAACACUGCCACCUUAUUCAGCUUACAGGAGUAUGGCAUAGCCCCUCCUGAAUAUCACCGUAAAGCGAUAUGAAUUUAAUGUGCAUAUGGAUGUAUUGAAAUCUGUUUGCUCAAUCAGUUAUUAUUUUAUGUGACCUGAUCCUUUAUUCUUUUUCUAGAUAAUUGUAAUUGAGCUUCAUGCAAAAUCUGAAGUUUAAAAGUCCAGUUUAAAAUUGUGAAAUUUUGUUUCUGUUAAUUCUUCAAUCAAAAUUUUGUAAUGUGUUCUGUCUGUCUCAAAUUUACAUGGGAAAGCUUUGCAGUAGUGGUUGUAUUGUCCAUUAUUGUAACUACAAACAUUAAACUUCAGGCAUAAACUUUUCAAUACAUCCUUGCUUGUGUAUUUGGUGAGUUUUAAUAAUGUUGCUGGUCAAGUGUAGAAUAGUCUUCUUCCAUCUAUAAUGUAACAGUAUCAUUAUAGAUUUUGAUGACACAAAUUCACAUUUAAUUCGCUAGUGUUCAUUAAAAUGUUUAUAUACACUCUGUGUUUAUGCACUCCAUGUUUCAGCCACAGAGGGCCAUCUUCAGGCAACACAAAUCAACACAAGAUACGCACCAACAAAGAAGCUGCACACCCAGUGGGGCACAGAGCAGCUGCAAUAUAAAGGACAGGAAGAUCAAACAUCCUGUAACAUCAAAAUUGAUGAGAAUAGCAAUGACGUACUUCAAGAGUACUAUAGACGAAGUACACCUGCUGUAGAUUCCAUAAAAAUGUGUUGCCUGUCGAUGGCCCUGUGUGGCUGAAACACGUAGCGCAUAAACACAGAAUGUGUAUAUAUUUCAGUGAAUUAAAUAUGGAUUAGUGUGAUCUAAAUCUCUACUGACAUUGUUGCAUUAUAGAUGGAAGAAGACUACAGGUGAUAGUUCAAUGCAGCAGGAUGAUGAAAUAUAACAGUAGAGUAGUGUGCUUGAUCCCGUUGUGGCAACUGGAUGACAGUCAAUUCUGUGAUUCACCUUUUUCAAAAAUAUUUUUACAUUUUUCUGUAGAUAUUACAGUGGUUAUUCACUAAAUUUUAGGCUAUGUGAAGUACGUGUUUGAAAUAGAUGUGCUUAAUCAUUCUACUACUAAGGUUAUUCGAAUUGGCAUUAGAAAGGAUUGAAUGUGUUGACAUCAGCCAUUUCUGAUUGCACCAAACUACUCCUUUGAGUGUUGAAAGUUUUAUGUCACUGAUGUUGGAAAAUGUGAAUGUUUCAUUCUUGAUUAUUUAUCAGUCUCAAUAACCAUUUUGUCUAGAUAAUCACAUGUUCAGCAAAAUCUGUGUGAUGUUUUUUUUUAUUAGGCCACUUAAAUUCUGAAACAUUGUGAGCCAUAUUUGCUAAACAUUUCAGGAGAUAAAAGGAACUUAAAUUAUUUGAAUAAAUCAGUAUUAAUAAAAAUGGUUUUAUUGUACUUUGCAUUGAAUGUAUAUCCUUAAAUUAUAUGGAGUGAUCCAUUUUAUAGCUUAUCCAAAGAGAAAACAUACGUGUAUUUUAUAUCUCACUGAACUUAAAACUUAAGUGAAUGUGUAUAAAAGAUGCUGGAAUUGUUCCCAUUUGUUCUGAAUUGCGCAUAAUACUCUUGACCAGCGUUUCUCAACCUGUGGUCCGCAAUGAUGGGACAGGUGGUCUGCAAGCAGGCAUAAAUUAAAUUAAAUUAAAAAUUAUCCAACCAAAAAAAAAUUAAAAUUAAAUAAGUAAAGCUAUCCUUGUACA